GUUCCAAUAAUUUAGUUUUGACAGUUUUUUCUAUCACAGCAAAGUUUUAAAUGCAUUUUGUAUUUUAGUAAACAACUGGAGAAUUUAAAUAGUUUUAAUAGUUUUCUUAAAAAAAUGUCGGAACAUUCAGAUGAAGUCAAUCCAAUUUCAAAGGAAGGUGAAAUUGAUGGUCCAAGGAUAAAUCAUUUUGCCCAAAAAUUUUUGGAUGAAUUAAAUGAGGAACGUGAAAGGCUGAGCAAUGAAUUUCCAUUAUGUGCGCUGCUUAUAGAAGAAGCUAUUGAAAGAGUGUGCACUACUGGGCGAAUUCCUGGUCGCGAAUAUUACGCUGAUGUUUACAAACAGAAACCCAUCAAACUCGCUCAGAAAGUAUUUGUACCAAUAAAACAAUACCCCAAGUUCAACUUUACUGGAAAAAUAUUAGGCCCUAAAGGCAAUUCACUUCGUCGGUUGCAAGAAGAAACCCAGUGCCGCAUUGUCAUCAAAGGACGGAAUUCUAUACGUGAUCGUGCUAAGGAGGAAGAAAUGCGUACUUCUGGGGAUCCACGACACUCUCAUUUAAAUAAAGAUUUAUUUGUUGAAAUUAGCACCGUCGCAACACCUGCAGAAGCCUACGCUCGUGUGGCAUAUGCACUGGCUGAAAUACGAAAAUAUCUAGUUCCUGAUAAGAAUGACGACGUUGCACAAGAGCAACUUCGUGAACUAAUGGAAAUUGAUCCCAAAACCGCAAAGCAAUUUUCGAAAUCUAUAUUUGAGAACAAAAUAGUAACCACUGGUCCAUCCAAGUAUUUGAAUUUUGUAAAGCAAUAUGCAUACCAAAUUGAUACAUCCAAAGAAGAAGAGUCGGAAGAGGAGAUUUAUGAAACUCGCAUUCCUAGGCACACAGUUGUACCGGCUUAUGAAUAUACACGAGCAAAAUUUGUUCCAACAUCUUUGCCCUAUAAACGUCCACCAACCGCCUCUAUAUACGGAACUCAAAUGAAACGUUUCCGCGAAGCUCCAGUUAGGCCAGCAAUAAGACCAGUUGCACAUGGAGUAUUAAAGAGAUAUAAAUAAAUAACAUUAAAAAAAUUUUAAUUGAAAUAAAUAUUCAGCAUAAUAUAUAAUAUUUAACUUAUCAUAUGCCAUCAGUUUCGUAAUAACAUAUAAAAUAAAAUAUAUGGCAAAACAGAAAGUAAGAGUAUUAUAGAUAUGGGUGCAGAUGAUAUUCAAUAUUUCAUGUGUGAAAAUAAAUAAUAUAUUUACAUAAACAUAUAUAACAUGUACAGACAUUAUUGUUCAGGUGUAUAACAAUAAUAAAUAAAAUUUUGUCCAAUAAAAUAAAAAGUUAAUUCUUUUAUCACAA